AAAUAAUUCAAAAAAAAAAAAAAAAACCUAUGCUUGGCUGCGCCCGCUUUCUCGCUCAGAUAACUCCCAAAUCUAUCCUGUACAACUCGCCGCCCCUCCGGCGCCGGCGACUCUUCACAAGCGGUAUCGUAAAAUCCAUUGAUCUCCUUCCCUCACGCAAUCCCUCCUCAAAUCUCAACAACCCCUUUUCCACGAAGAUGGAUCGCAACACUGGCGCUGAGCCUUCGGUGGAGGACUACGUUCACCUCUCUGAUUCGGAUUUGCGUGUGGCGACCCCUAGCACGAAAUAUGGUACCGAUCCCGAGGGCGACGCAGCUUCCGUGUCAGUUGACGAACGUGAGGUGCGUGGGGAGUUCGAGGAGAGGAGAAUUGGGGGUUCCGGCGAGGGAGGGUUUGAGGAGAGGAGGAUUCUUCCGGAGGAGCUAGCGAAGGCGGUUUUGCAUCUGGAAUGCGAAUCGUCAGCUGAGGGGGGACGCUGCGACGUAUACUUGGUAGGAACGGCGCACGUUUCUCAGGAAUCGUGUAAAGAAGUUCAGGCUGUCAUCAGGUACCUGAAACCAGAGGUUGUUUUCUUAGAAUUGUGCUCAAGCCGCGUAGCAAUUUUGACCCCCCAAAACCUGAAGGUUCCCACCUUCAAUGAAAUGAUUGACAUGUGGAAGAAAAAAAAAGCGAACACUUUUGGAAUUCUCUACAGUUGGUUUCUUGCCAAGGUUGCUGAGAGACUUGAGGUUUUCCCUGGUGCAGAAUUCCGUGUGGCAUUUGAGGAGGCAGUUAGUUAUGGUGCUAGGGUUUUUCUUGGUGAUCGUCCUGUGAAUAUUACAUUGCGGAGAACGUGGGGGAAGAUGUCAAUAUGGCACAGGGCAAAGUUUUUAUAUUACAUAAUCUUUCAAACUUUUUUUCUGCCCAGCCCCGAAGAUCUCAAUAAGAUGCUGAAGGAUAUGGAUGAUGUUGACGUCCUAACACUUGUCAUUCAAGAGAUGAGCAAGGCUUUUCCUACUAUCAUGGAGACAGUGUUACAUGAGCGGGAUAUCUACAUGUCCUCAAAACUAUUGAAAGUAGCUAGUGAACACUCUUCAGUUGUUGCAAUUGUGGGUAAAGGGCAUUUGCCUGGAAUAAGGAAGAAUUGGAAGCAGCCUGUUGAUGUAAAGCUUCUGUUGCAAAUUACUGGUACCAGCGCUGCCAUUUCCAAGACAAAGAUUAUAGCAGCAGGUGUUGCUGUUGCAGGAGUUGCUGCGGCCUAUAGCAUCUAUCUCAUGGGCAAACGGUAACAAAUGAAUCAAUUAAUCAGUUUGAUUUUAUAGACAUUUCUGUUUCAAAUUCUGUAUCAUUAAUGUCUAUGAAUGAAUUCUGUUCUUUUGCAAUUGAAACAUUGAUAUUUAUUAACCAUCAUAAAUGGGUUUAA